AUGACCGAUUCAAUUCCUAUUCCAGGCACAGCUAACCAGCUCAAGCAUGGCCCUGCAGAAGGACGAUGUCAGUGGAACUUCUUAAUUAAAGGGUGAGCAGCUGUGGUUAUGCGGGCACAGCAUCAGACACCAAACUACCUCGGCAUACAUCACAGGACAGCCUUUUGAGAAGUUGGCGGACAUAAAACCCUAACAUUUACACCGGUUCACCGUGUGAUCGCGGACUCGGAUUCUCCAUUUAGACAACAUGGAGGCGACGCAGGCCUCAAUGCGGCGUCUACGUACGUAUGCCUACGCGUCCAUGAUUGUAGGCCGAUGGCCUUGCAGCCUAGCAGCUAACUUCCGGAAGUAGUGAGACGCCCCAACGUGGUCAACGGAGAUGACGACACUUUGACGUAAACCAGGAAGUAGUUUGGAAGCACGAGCUACACGUUGUUUUCCAGGAAACCCUGAGAAAGUAUUUACUAAACAAUACUUAAACGGUCAAACGUUUGCGUCGUUUUGUUUUAGAAACGGUGACACCGCCGGACCGCUUGCGGCUGAAUAACGAGCCGUGAAGAUGUCCACGACGUAUCCCACACCAGUUUACUGCCACGCGGGACGCGGAGACUUCCAGGACGUGUACGAGCCGGCGGAGGACUCUUUCCUGCUGCUGGACGCGCUGGAGAAAGACGCAGAUGCGCUCCGGAAGAUGAGCCCCUCUGUGUGCCUGGAGGUGGGCAGCGGCUCGGGAGUAGCGUCUGCAUUCCUGGCAUCACUGCUUGGACCUUCAACUCUCUACCUCUGCACCGACGUGAAUCCUGCAGCGGCACGCUGCACCAUGAAGACCGCCUCCCGCAACGGCGUUUCCCUGCAGCCCGUGGUCACAGACCUGGCCCAGUGUCUUCUGCCCCAGCUGAGUGAGAAGGUGGACAUCCUGCUUUUCAACCCACCCUAUGUGGUGACUCCCUCAGAGGAGGUUGGCAGCUCGGGUAUAGAAGCUGCCUGGGCCGGUGGGGAGCGAGGCAGAGAGGUGACGGACCGCUUUCUGCCCGCGGUCACGCAGCUGCUGUCCAAAAGAGGCGUCUUUUAUCUGAUAGCUAUUGCUGAGAACGAUCCAGAGGACAUCAUCCAGAUCCUAGGCCAGCGUGGCCUGAAGGGAGAGUCGUGCCUGUCGACAAGAGCUAGAAACGAAAGGCUGUCUGUCCUGCGCUUUCACAGCAGCCAAUUAGAUCACUUUACAGGUUAG